AUGGCAGUUCACCGUACCCUGUUCUGCUGCGUUUUAAUUUUCUUGUGUUUGAAUGAGCGAUGCGUUUGUGAAGCAAGAGGACCGGUGGGGUUUCAAGGCCAUAGAUACAGACCCUUCUCACCUUCCAAUUCUCAUCAACAUAUCCCGCAAGAUGAAGAAUCCCGGGUUCGCUCGUUGAGUUUUGCUGGCGAUGAGGAUGGGGAAGGGCUUAACGUGCCUGUGAAAGAACUAGGUCCCGGAAGCUUUUGUGUUACGGUUGGUUUUGGCACUCCCAGACAGGACUUGAACCUGUUUCUGGACACAGGCAGUGAUAUCAGUUGGAUAAAGCAAUGCCAAUCAUGUUCUCAAAGUAACUGCCACAAUUCCCAAACAUCCAUUUUUGACACUUCUGCAUCCUCAACUUUCUCCAAUCCUUGCAGUAAUUCUUCUGCAAAAAAUUGUCAUUACUCCAUAAAAUACAACGACGGCUCCUCCUCGGACGGCUUGUGGGUUCGUGAUAACUUGACCUUUACAUCCUCCUUUGCGUACGCUAACUUUGUAUUUGGUUGCAGUGUGAAUAGUAGUGGUGAUUUUGAUGGAGCAGAUGGGUUGCUAGGCAUUGGACCUGGAAGAAAUUCUCUUCUCGGACAAGCUGGAAAUUACUAUGGACUCUUCUGUUACUGUCUCCCAUCCUCAAAGAGCUCCACAGGUUAUAUCAUGUUUGGAGUAUUGGCAAUUAAUACCUGCAAUCUUGACAUUGAAAAUUUCAUACCACUUCUGGAGAACCCUAAUGGAGGACCACCCCACUAUUCAGUAAACCUUGUUGGUAUCACUAUUGGCCAAAAAAGGUUGGACAUUGAAGCCUACAUGGGUUCUUCACUAAAUAUUAGAGUUGAUACUGGCACAACGAUCACUCGUCUACCUGGAUCAUUCCAUGAAGCCCUUAAAUCAGAGUUCAAGGAACUUAUGUCAGGAUACUCUCAGACUUCACCAUUGCCACCUUUGUUGGACACAUGCUAUGACCUUACAGGACAUAACAAUGUGACUGUACCAAAAAUGGUACUGCAUUUCGAAGGCUCCAACGAUGUGGAACUGGAUUCAUCAGCUGUUCUCUGGCGAGAAAACGAGUCUCAAGCUUGCUUGGCUUUUGCAGGAAACGAGAAUGAUGGAGACUUGAACAUUAUUGGUGGCCAUCAACAACGAUCAUUGAAUGUUUACUAUGAUGUUCGUGGCAAGAAAUUAGCGUUUAGGAAAGGUGGUUGCUGA